UUGUCAUUUGUUAUCUGUCAAACAAAUAAACGUCAAUCAAUCUGUGUCAUGUCGGCUGCCGGACGGUCGCGUCGCUGAUUAUUUUAAGGGUGUGUUUAUGGCGUGAUAAAUUAUUAUUUUGAACAAUAAGCAGUGUGAUUGACAGACGUCUUGAUUUAUUCGUAAAUAGUGCUUAAAAUGUUGCGAGCUCUGUUAGAUAAAUUUUGGGAUGAGGAAGUGUGGUUGCCGCCGAAUACUACAUGGGAAGAUCUGGCACCGGGACCAGACAAAGACGUGGUUUACAAUGACUAUACGCACCUCUUCUACCCCCUGCCCUUGGCACUGGUGCUGAUAUUCCUGCGGCGCACUCUAGAGAAGUACUGGUUUGCCCCAUUCGGCAGAUCGUUAGGUAUAAAAAAUACAAGACCAAAGAAAGCGCCAACUAAUCCCAAAUUGGAGGCUGCAUAUCAAGCAUCAUCAAAAAUUAAACAUAAGCAGUUCUUUUUGAACAAGGAUGAGAUAUGUGCGUUAGCAAAGCAGAUGGAUAUGACGGAGAGACAGGUGGAACGCUGGUGGCGUCUCCGCCGCAGCCAGGACAAGCCCUCGACCCUGGUGAAGUUCUGCGAGAACAUGUGGAGGACCACGUUCUACUUGUACAACUUCUCCUACGGUAUAUUUAUAUUGUGGGAUAAAGAGUGGCUGUGGGAUAUCGACCAGUGUUAUAUUGGAUAUCCUCAUCAGGGUCUCACCAGCGAUGUAUGGUGGCACUACAUGAUAUCGGCAGCGUUCUACUGGUCGCUGACGAUCUCGCAGUUCUGGGACGUGCGGCGCAAGGACUUCUGGCAGAUGUUCGUGCACCACAUCGCCACCAUCCUGCUGCUCUCCUUCAGCUGGGUCUGCAACCUGCACAGGAUCGGCACCCUCGUACUCGCUUUACACGACUGUGCUGACAUCUUCCUCGAUGCAGCUAAAGCAGCGAAGUACGCGAGCUAUCAACGCUUGUGUGAUAUAAUUUUCACAGUGUUCACAGUACUGUGGAUUCUCUCAAGACUUGUUAUUUAUCCGUUCUACAUUAUUUGGAGCACAUCGAUCCGGGCACCCAUGAUACUACCGAUGUUCCCGGCGUACUAUAUCUUCAACUCGCUGCUGUGUCUACUAUUAGGCCUGCACAUGGUGUGGACCUGGCUUAUACUGCAGGUCGCUUACAAGGCUAUUAGUGCUGGACAGAUGGAAGGUGAUAUUAGGAGUUCGAGUUCAGAAAUAAGUGACAGUUCGCAUCAAUCUAACCACAGCACGCCGAAUCGUGUCAAUAAUAAAAAAGUCAGACUUGCGAGGUACCCACGAUGCGCGGGAGGGACAUCUAUCUAUCGUCGUCCACCGACGUCUUAGGGACAAGUCAAGCCGCUAGCCGGCAAGUGCCAUGAAAACGUUUAGCGGCUCAAGCCGGGCAACGCAGAAGAGAGACAUAGGACCCGGCCGACCGUCCAGGCGAUGAGCCCAGCGUCCGCGGCCCCCGGCGGCCGCAAGCAUGACUAAAUCACUCCACGUUACGAGGUUGUAACUAGCUAUAUACAUAAAUAUAUCACUAAUAUUACGCGGGGCCACAUUUACGCUUUAUUAUUACGCUAGCUUUAUGACCGGUGCCUCUUUAGGUUAAAAAGAAAAAAAGAAUAACUCUGUUCGUAGUUCAAAUAGCGGUUUCGAUAUUCAAAUUCAAACUAAGCGCGUGAUUUCAAACUCGGGAAGAUUCUUUUGUCGUUUAAAAACGGGGAUUUAAAGUUUUUCAAUGGUCGGAAUGGUGUUCGUGGAUAGUUUUAUGGGAAAUAGGGAAAAAUCAACCAUGUCUAUAUUUAAGAAGUAAUUAAAUGUGAUUAUAUUCCAAGUAAUGAGAGUUCUCCCCUAAGUUUAACUAAUAGCUACGCAUAUCUAGAUACUCCGAAGUGAAAUGUAUGAAAUUGAUUCGAAACAAAUACGUAAAUUACUUAAUAAUGAAAGUCGAGUGAUAAUAUUUAACAUAUCGAUAUCUUAGUUUGCAAAUUAUACACAACGAAACCUGUUAUUCUAUGCUAACUACGCAUAAAGAAAAGUAAAGGGAUUGAUAAUAAAUAUAAUAAUGAUAAUGACAUAGGCACAAAUAGUUCAGUAGUGUGGCCCCAAAAUGUUCGUCCUGUUGUGUUGUUCAUUCGUUCAUGAAUGAUUCGAGCUAUAUCUAAGUCCGUAUUUAUAAACACGUGAGAUUUCUAAGUAUUGAUAGACGUAACGAUUUUUCGGGUUAAUGAUGUCAGCAUUUUUAUCGAUAUCGAUAUUUUUUUACAUGGCGGCGACAUUCGAUAUUUUCUUGUCGAUAAAUAUGUUCACAUCUCUAUGCAAGUACAUAUAAUUGUGUAUGUUACGACUGAAUUAGAUUGACUAUUUUAACUUUUUUGAAUGCUCUUAUGUUGUCUUUUAAUAGAGAUUCUAAUUCAGUCAUUAAUAUACAUGUAAAAAGUUUAUUGCUAAUGCUAUUUACAAGAUGCUUGUCGAUGAAUUCUGUUAUUUAAAAAAACAAGGCAAGUGCUUUAAUAAUUUUUACUAGGUGAAUUGACAUAUUAUUGACUCCAUAUUACGUGAAAAAUACGCGCGUACGUACGUUACCCAUAAAGAAAAUAUUUAUGACCUCUAUGGUGCUGAACAAAAUAUAUCAUUUAUUUAAGCAUUUAUUUUAUGAUAGCAGAAAUAAGUACUUUUGCGAGAAUGGUUUUCCUUUUUUUUUCAAUAACUGAAGUAUUUUAUUUUUCUUUGUUGUAAGCUUGUGUAGUUUCAAGUAAUUCCUUUUUUGUGUAACUUGUGUUUUUUUUAUUGAAAGAGAAAAUAUAUUUUUGCGUGAGAGUUUACGCACGAUGAACGCACUUAAUACUGAAAUUAUUGGAUAACGAGGUAAUCUCAUGUAUUCCUAAUUUAACAAUUUCGGUAUUAAGUUCAUGUGUCUCAAAAAUACUAACAAAAUGGGCCAAUUAAUUACUUUUAUGCCUAUUAUGUAAGCUUAAAACGUGUUCGUUUAAUGUCUUAAUCUUCUUUUUUUACUCAGAUCGUUUGAAAUACGACUUUGUCUUAACACAAUAAGGCAUAUUAUUCCCUGUUGCCAUUCUAAAAGUCACAAUACUUAGGUCGCUAAUAAUGAAUAAUUGGUACUAUUUUUACGAUAAUUAAGGAUACUUAAAUCGUGUUAUUGUCGUGCUUUGGCAGGCAGGUGGUUGUUUUAAGCAAGAACAAUACUUUAAGCUUAGUAUAAAUUGAAGUUACAUAUUACAGUAAGUACACUAUUUAUUGGGGGACCAUACAGUUGGAUCAUAUUGAUUUAUAAUACUGUCUGUUAUCCAAAUUGCUUAAUAUAUUGACAGCCAGCAACGUACAUUAUCAACUCUUACAAGUUAUGAUUAUUCUUUGAUUAUUUAGAUGCUUUUUUAACCGUUUUUACUGAAGUAUGAGUAUGUUUAUUUUACAUGCCUAUCUAAACACCGGGUCCUGAAACUUAAAGCGUUUCAUGCUAUUUCGCAUUUCUUGACUAUUUUAAUAGAUGCCGAAAUAGUAAAUUACAAAAUUAAAUACGAAUCAUUCUUAUUUGAUCCGUUAUCACUUUCCUUUAAAUUAGAGUUAUUUAUUUUUUACCUCUAUAAUUAAUUUUACAUAAAAUUAACCUAAUAAUGCUUAAGAAAUGACAUGAUUUUUGCUAUUCCAAUCCAAAUAUGUAAUGACACAAAUAUUUAAAGUAUUAUUAGUUGUACAGCUUAGUACACGCAAGCUAGUCUAACGCUACUUACCUAUGCUAAUAAAUUCAGCUUUUUGAUAAAGUUCCCCUCUUUAUCUUACAAUAGGUAAAUUAUCUUAGAACACUAUGUGGAUGAUAGAAAAUUAAUUGUCAACAACAAGAAGCUAUUGUACCUCCUUCUUUUUUGAAGUCGAUUAAAAAAUAUCGAUAGUUCAAGCAAGAGCAUUGGGUACAACACUAUUUUCAAACUAAUUAAAAAUUAUCCUGCUGGUCCUAAUUUUUAUCAUCUACAUAAUAUUCUCUCCUUUGUAGAUAGGAUAAUGUAGGUAUUUAUAAAAUAAAUUAGUGCCUCAACACGCGCGACAGUUGUCUUAUUGAAAUUCCAAAAUUAGGUGUAAAAAUGUUAUUUAGUAUUGCGUUGCUAGAUCGCUUAACAUUUUACGUAGUGUUAUAUUAUGGUGAACAUAAUAAAAUUGGUAUAAGCUGUGGACUUGCCUUAUCCAUAAUAAUUAUAUCAAGAUUAAUUGCUUAAAUUCUUCUUUUUGAAUGACGUUUAAUUGAAAAGUACCAAAGUGGUAAAAAUUAUAUAAAUUUUGUUGUUUUGAGGUAUACCCUAGUGGUACCUUACAUUUUGUGAGUUUGCAGCUUAUUUUAAAAUUCAGAUCGCGAAUAAAAUAAUUAUCAUAAAAAUGCUAAUUGCUUGCAAAAAAGAUCACAAAUUACAGUAGGUGUGAAUAUUAAUUUAAUUAAUCCAAAAAAAAAAAGUUUUAAUAUUGCCAAAAUGUUUGAUCAAAUUCUUGUGAAAUACAAAAUGUGACCUGAUUAAAUAUUCUGAAAGUUAAACUAAAAUAGAAGCUGCUAUUUAAUUUUAAUCUUAAUAGCUUUUGCUUAAAAAUAUAGGUAUUUGUAAUGUUAAAAGAAGUCCAUUUCACAAAACUCAAAAUAAAACUUAGCUGUAGAAUUUCUCGCUAACUUUGCUAGGCUGAAUAUAAUAAUAAAAACGAACAAAAUAUAUCAACCAUAUCAUUUGACUUAAAAUGUAUAUUUAUUAAUUGCACAUUACGUUAAGUAGUGAAAUAGAUAUUUAACGACUAUUAUUUAGUCGAAACUCCGACUAAUAGUUAUUACGGUCAUUCCUAAUAUUCUUUCUAUCUGUGGUUUUACUAGAGAUAGAAUUUUGAUAUUAGCUCCAUACAUCAUCAUCACCAUCAUCUCAGCCGUAGGACGUCACCUGCUGAACAUAGGCCUCCUCCUUAGAUCUCCACAGAUACCUGUUGGAGGCGACCUGCAUCCAGCGUCUUCCGACGACCUUUAUAAGGUCGUCUGUCCACCUUGUUUGUGGACGUCCUACGCUGCGCUUGCUAGUCCGUGGUCUCCACUCCAGCACUUUUCGGCCCCAUCAGCCAUCCGCUCUGCGAGCAAUAUGGCCUGCCCAUUGCCACUUCAACUUGCUAAUCCGGUGGGCUAUAUCGGUGACUUUAGUUCGUCUACGGAUCUCCUCAUUUUGGAUUCGAUCACGUAGAGAAACACCGAGCAUAGCUCCAUACAAGUAAUGCCAAUCAAAUCCCUAUCUCUGGUAAAGACACAGAUAUAUUAGAAAAUUGAGAAUGGCCGAUAGUCGCACUUGUCGAUAUUCGAGACACAAGUAUUUAUAAGUAAUAAAUAAAUAUAAAGAAGGGAUACUAUCGAAUACACCCAAAGACGCUUUAUGAAGCUUAAGAAUAUAUAUUUUAAUAGAUUUAAGGAAUAAUAAUUUUAUUUACUAACGCAGUCAUUUGUGAGACUACAAUUUAGUUUUUUUUUUCAUCAAAAUGUUUUUUUCUUUCCUAUAAAAGGAACUGUUAGUAAUUUGUGCCUGUUAUUAAAAAAAAACCAAAGCUGUUUGCAUUUUACGUGCAUUCAUAUUUUGAACCUUAAAUUCGCGUUUUUUACAUUUAUUUAGAGGAUGUUCGUGGUUGAAACUUAUAUACCAAAAACGACCUAAAAUUACUGUUUUAGAAUUUGACAUAAUGCAGAAGAAUGGAUAGUUAUUCAUUUAUUUAUAACCACAUCAUCAAGUUUUUGAUUUUUGAAUACUUUUAAUACAUGUGGUGCGCUUAGUUAAUUGUGUAAGUUAUCAGAGUAUCCUGCAGCCCAGUUUAGCAUUUAAAUAUUUAUAAAACACCAAAAUAUUUAUAUCAGAUUUUACAUUGUAAGGAUAAACUUAAUUUAACGGUGCAUAUAAGUGUUGUUAUAGUUUUACGGGAUACCAUUACGUUUCUACGUCUGACAUUUUAUAUUAUAAGUACUUAUCAAUUUGUUGCUAUUAUUGUUCUUAUGUAUAAAUGUUAACGGUAUGUAUAGGUAGACAGUGCCUAUUACACUCGUAGAAAAAAGGAUUUACUCUCCCAGAAAAUAAAAAUAAUGUUCCAAUUUCAAAGUUAAAAAUAAUGAUAUUGACAUUGAUCGCACUUUGAUGUUUUAUUUUUUUUUCCACUGUCAUAUUUUUUGUUUUAGACUACUUAUGAGGGCCAAAGUUUAAUUAAGAAAAGUACACUUUCCUUUUAAGUAUAUUUGUUUUUUUGUCCAUAUAACUGUACCGUUACCUCUUGAACAACUAAAUAAUGUACAAAUAAAACAUUAUCAUGAUACGUUCGUGCCUUUCACUAUAUUUUAAAUAUUGUUGAUAUAUAGUUAACGUUUAGAGAUGACUGUAUGUGAAAGUAUAUGGUGAAAUAUUAUUAUUAUUGUAUGUUGGUUGAAUAUAAUAAAUAUGCUGUAUAUUGUAUGUGUUGAUCUCUGUCCUUAUUGCAUUUUUCAUGGUUUAUUUUAAUUGUCACGGUUUUUUUUUAUUUAAAAUGGUAAUGUGCGUAUCUUAUGGUGUUGUUUUUGGUGUAGGUUAAUGUUUUUUUUUUGUUCACGAGUUUAGUCACUGAUAUCUUGUUUGUGGUCCUACUGUGGCGGAUUUUCUUUCAUAAUAUUUAUGCCCAUUUUGAUGUAAAUGUUAUUUUUUUGUCUUUUUCGAAAAUUAAUGGCAGAGAAUUGUACGUUUAAAUUAUAAGGGAGAACUGUAAAAUAUCUUUCAAAAAAGUUUUUUUUAGUUUUGCCCGGCCCGAGACGGCAGUGACUAAAUACGUUUAGAAUGAGUUUUUUUUUAUUUGUAAGCAAAGAGGUGUAUUGUUAUAAACGAGGUCGUACUGUGUAUGCUAUGACGAGGUAACGAGAGUUGAGUUGCGGUGGUCUGUUUUGUAUGCGAAGAAACAAUAAUAAAAUUAUACCAAAUAA